UUUUUUGUGCGGUCAAAUAUACGUGUGACCUAAGGUACAGAAGUUAAAUAGGCUGACACUUGGCUAGCUUCCAGGUUCGCAGUAAAUUAACGAUACAAGUGAUAAAUGUUGCUCACCUGUACUCACAGUGGUCGUCAUUGUACCUGCCCGAACGGUAUAUUUGGUUGCGAGACACCUUUUCAGAUAAGGUCUAAUUGGAGACUUUUGGAACAAGCUAACGUAAACAAAGCGACAACACAAGUCACAUUUAGCUUUUUGCGUGUAGAUUGCACAAAAGCUUUGAUUGGACGAUCGAGGUCAUGUGACCAGAAUCUCGCUAGCAGGUCAUAUUUCCAAGGCGCGCCGUCGCCACCAAAACGCAGUGGCAGGGAAACGGUGGGUGGGCCUUCAGUACCUCAGGAUCUCUGCCUUACUGGACACCUGCUUACAGAGCACUACGAUGCGCAAGUGGAGCUUUUUGCGCCUCCAUCCCCAUGGUUACACACUACUCUGAAGAAAAGGCUGCGCAGCACAAUUCAUUUGUCCUUCUGGGCUCUGGAUUUCACUGAGAGCAGAUUGGACUUUGGCAACAGCAGCAGCAGCAUCAGCAGCAGCAGCAGCAUCAGCAGCAGCAGCAGUAGCAGCAGCAGCAGCCCAACACAACCACCACUGUAACCUCAGUGGAGAAAAUUACAGUCAGGUGGCCUGUGAUUGCUAGAAGGCGUUUGCUGCCUGUACUGCUGCUGCUAUGUUACAGGAGAGGGUAAUCAGCACGGCUCAGCCACGUCUGCCAGCACACUUGUGAAAGAGGCAGGCUGUGCGUGUCGGUUGGUGGAGAGAGGGGAAAGAGCAAGAGAGAGAAGGGUAUGCUUCACCGUACCAAAUACAACCGCUUCAGGAAUGAGUCAGUAACAUCCGUCGAUGAGCUUCUCCACGGCCUGUCCAUGAACCCCAAGGUCUCGGCCACCCCCCAUUCUGCAGCCGAGACAUCUUACACACCCCCGACUGAGGUCCAGCCCUCCUCCACCACCACUGCUUCCAGCACCCCCACCAGCCACAGCUCUGACCACCUGGAAGAUGGAGGCACCACCCUCUGUACCCUCAUCAACAAGGUGUCCAGCCUGAAAUUCAGCAACUCAGGCAGCUUGCUGGGCAUCAAAGGUCUGCCCUCGGCUGUCAAGGACCUGGCUGUGUCAAAGCUGCAGGGGGGUGGGGGAUCGGGCUCAGGCUGCUCCAGUGGCCCGAGCCCCAGUGCUGCGACAGCAGCAGCAGCGGCAGCAGCCUCUGGUGUGGGCGGCUCUCUGUGCAGCUCGGCCUCCCAUUCAACCCCCUGCUCGCAGCUGGAGCCGGCUGUCAGCAUGAGCAAGAAGAGCAGGCUGGAUGAGCUCCAGCCUGGUGGAGAGGACUGGAAUCCAGGUGGAGGUGGUGGACUGGUGAGCAAACCCUCCAGAGGAUGGCUACAUUCGAGCGAGAAGAUCUCUGGUCCAGGAGUGACAUACAUUGUGAAGUAUCUGGGCUGUAUAGAGGUCCUUCGGUCGAUGAGAUCCCUGGAUUUCACCACAAGGUCACAAAUUACAAGGGAAGCCAUCAGCCUGGUGUGUGAGGCUGUUCCAGGGACCAAAGGAGCUCUGCGGAAGAGAAAGAUCAUAGCCAACCAUCACAUGCAGUCCAUCUCCUUUGCAUCAGGUGGAGACCCUGACACCACAGAUUACGUUGCCUAUGUAGCAAAGGACCCUGUUAACAGAAGAGCAUGUCACAUCCUGGAGUGCUCUGAUGGUCUGGCCCAGGACGUCAUCAGUACCAUCGGCCAGGCGUUUGACCUUCGCUUCCAGCAGUACCUGCAGUGUCCCUCAAGCAAGCUGCCCUCCACACAUGACAGGGUAUUAAACAUGGAGGAGCUACCAUGGACAGAGGAAGAGGGAGAAUCAGUAGAGCAUCCUUACUAUAACAACAUCCCCGGCAAGAUGCCGCCCCCGGGAGGCUUCAUCGACACCCGGCUGACCAAUCAGAAUGCAGCCCCUGAUGGAUGCCAGAUGGGCCCAGGUUCAGUAGAUCAAACAUAUUACCAAGGGCGGCACUGUGGAGAAAACUGGGGGGAUGAAAGAAAGCCCAUAUUCAUACAACAGGGAUCGUUUGAUAUAAGCAGUCUGCCUGAGAGCAAAGGUCAGGCACCGAAAACCGCAGAGAUGCCCAUGUAUGUGAACACCCAGCAGAUUGAUGCCCAGGUGCUCGCAGCACUCCAGGCAGAGGCAGAGAAUGUGACAAAGGGCAUGGCAGCUGCAGCCAAAGAGAGCCCACAGAAGGACCUGUUUGACAUGAAGCCCUUCGAGGAUGCUAUUCAGUCUCAGUCCCAUCCGCCAUCCCAGGGGCAAGCCCAGUCCCAGAUGCCUGGUCUUCACAAGACGGCAUCCGUGGACAACUCCAGCCCUCUUCUUGUGCGCUCGCUGGCCUUCCGGGCACAGGAGGAGCUGGAAGGCCAGACGUGGUACCACGGCAAAAUGAGCCGCCGUGACGCUGAAAAACUACUGAAAGAAGACGGGGACUUCCUGGUCCGCAAGAGCACUACCAACCCGGGGUCCUAUGUACUGACGGGCAUGCACAACGGACUUGCUAAACACCUGCUGCUGGUGGACCCUGAGGGCACGGUACGGACAAAAGAUCAUGUAUUUGACAGCAUUAGCCACCUUAUCGGCCAUCACCGCGACAACAAUCUGCCGAUUGUGUCGGCGGGGAGUGAACUGUGUCUCCUACAGCCCGUUGGAAGGAAACACUGAUGCUUGCAAUGCCUGAUUGGAAAUGGGAAGCUCUGAACAGUCUCUCCUACCAUCCUGAAACUUGAAGAUGAAACAUGAAGAGAAGAUGUUUAAAAGCUCUAUGCGCUGACAGUGUUUUUGGGAAAAUUGGCCCGCAGUUACUUUACUGGAGGCACUGGAAGACGCAAGAUUUGUUUAAGAUAAAAACUUAUUUAUAGAACUGUUAUUAUUUUGUUGUGAUGACUGAAAUGCUAUAUUUUUGAGAAGACAUAGGUGCAUUUGGACAUACUAUCUUGAUUUGGUGUUUUAAAAGAUUACAAAAAAAAAAAGACAGUUGUUCUUGUAGUUUAGAUGAAGUGCAAAUCAAACCUCAAAGAGGUGUUAACAAGAGUAUUUUAGAAUAAAAACCUGAAAUUUUAGUUUUGUCUGUCAAGCACAACAACAUUUCUACAGGAACCGUUGGCUAAGAGGUCGGAAACAAAAACAGUUUGGACGACAAAUGCUGUUUAUAAUGAAUUACUUAAGGAAAAAAUGUCCUUUAAUCUCACCAAUAGCGUGACAGCUCACUCAAUUAGUCACUAUAUGAAAUCUGCUUUCACUGGGGAUUAGAACUGAAUGUGUUAUGCUUUGCAGUAGUCACAAAGUGUUGGGGUGCAAACAGACAUCCUUCAUAGUGCUGUCAAUGGCUUUAAAGAUAACCUUUUUUUAUAAAGUAUUUUCUUGUGUCACAGUCGCAUGACUUAAAAUCAACUGUUCUUGUGGACAUUGUUCGUAGACCUUGAUACCCCUUUAUUUGAAAGAGGUGCUUGUGUAUGCUGACACUGUAAAAUAUUUAUGCUUUUCAACCAGGGAUUAUUUCUGAAUUUGUUUUCUCUGGGUUCUUCUUUUAGGUGUGUAGUCAAUGAUUAGUUUUGGGGCUUGAGUCAUGCAAUGGAUAUUCUCACAUUCUUAACAUUUUCGGCUUUUUUGUGAACUUUAAAAAGAUAUUAUUAUCAUUAUUAUCAUUUGAAUGAUCACAAAUGAAUAGCACAAUCAGAAACUUAGAUCAGUUAGAUCAUCUGUUGUCAGUUGUACCAAGACGGAUUACCAAUGUUUUGAGACGUAAUUUACACUUUUUACUUGCGAGGCUUGAUUACACAAAUGUAGAGUACACACAGUGUGCGCUCAACACAGAAUGUUCACUUAUUGAUGUUAAACAAAGAGAUUUUAUUUCUCAGUGUGUGGAUAUCUUAUUGCAAGAUUGCUUUAUCGCCACUAGAUGUCAUCACAGAAAUACUUGUUUACCCCAGUCAGUCACACUCACUUCAGUUUCCCUGUUUCACCACUUGUUCGUAGUAAAGGAUGCUAUGUGGCUGUGUAUUGCUUGAAGUGCUACAGUACGUGGUGAAACCCAACUCUAAGAGGCAAGUUUCCAACCAUCAUUGCUUGAAAGGUCAUAGUUAAUUUGCAUGUUGCAGUCCACUGUACACAAUCGUUCCUCAGAACAGUUCACGGUAUUUAGGUUACACAGACUGUUUUUGUAGAGGGGGAAUCAAAAUUUCGAAAGAGGCUUACAGAAAUAGUGCACAGCAGUUCUGGCAACAGACUUUUUAAAUGCUCUCACCCUUACUAUUGUCAGUACUCUGAUGGAUACCAAAUGAACGGGGCAUUGUAUUUGAUAUGCACUGGACCA